AUGGCCCGAGACUCGACUUUCACCACUCCCCACUAUAUUGCAAAUGUCGUUAUAGACAACAACUCCAACAAAAUUAUGGAAGCCAUUAUAGACAACAACUCCACAGUAAUUAUGGACACAGACAACAAUCUCCAUGAAGAUGUGGAUGGAACCAAAAACAACGCAUUGGUUGAAACCAUCUUCCCGCAGUCUUUAACUGAAAAUCACAAGCAUAAAGCGGCAUUGUACUUACCAGGAAGGAAUACUGGAAUUUCUAGUAGCCAAUAUGGCAUCAACAUUUUCAUCAUUGGGAUCCUCCUGCUGUUUGCGUGUUCCCUCCAUAUCACUGACUUAAGCGAAUGUUACCAGCUGACAUUUCUGAUCAUAUUGGUGUCGAUUCAAAUCCUAUGGAUGCUUUGGUAUAUCUGUAUAAGUGAUAGAAAGAGACGGAGCACCAAGGAGAAGGACUCACAUGCAGGAGCGAGGUGGUUAAGAUGUGGAAUAGUCCUGUUCGCUAUAACCACCGUAGUAAUGGACUUCUUGAAACUUGGCUACUUCAUUGGAUAUUCAAAAUGCAUGCCAGUUGUUGAAGGAAUUUACCCCGCUACACAUAUUGUUCACACGGUAUUCCAGGUUUACUUUCUUUGGUAUCAUUCAAAGGAUAUCAUACAGUCCUUCAAAACACUGGAGAGGUUUGGUUUAAUCCAUUCUGUGUUUACAAACUUACUGUUAUGGGCUACUGCGGUAGCAACAGAGUCAAAACAUCAGCUUCAGGAACAUAUGGAAAGGCUGACCUCUCUUGGCUUUACCAACAUUUCAAUCGAUGAAGACCACCCACAGUGUAACUGCACCACCGAACUGUGUGAUGUGUUUUCCCGAGGAAUAUAUUACAUUUACCCAUUCAAUAUCGAGUAUCAUAUUUUGGCAUCUGCAAUGUUUUUUGUCUUAUGGAAGAAUAUUGGGAACAACACCACCUAUCAAAAGCAUAAAAAUAACUUCAGGCUUAAAGAUGUUGCAGUUGGGGCUGCUUGUGGACUUGCUGUCCUGGUUGUAACAAUUGUAGUUGUAGUUCUGUACUUGUUUAAUAUUGGACACACAAAAAGUAAAAGUGAGUCAGCGCUAAGUAUUUACUAUUGGUAUUCCAUAGCAGUGCUAAGUGCUAUGUGUAUAGCAUCAUUAGUUGGUCUCACAAUCCACAGGCUGGAAAGAAAGCCUAUUGUUUUAGGUAAUAGUCCAGCUAUAAAACUGGAUGGAAAUCUUUUGAUGGGUUCUGCAUGUGGAUCUUGGAUCACAUCAUGGGGAUCUAUCUUGGCGAUAAUAUACGCAGAAAGCCGCCCGACCUACACUUGGUAUAAUUUGCCUUACUCAAUUCUAGUCAUAAUUGAAAAAUAUAUACAAAAUAUUUUUAUAGUUUCAUGCAUUUAUUGCAUGAAAGAAAAGACCAGCACUGAUAGUAACAAUGGAGAGAUACCUGUAAUGCCACUUCAGAUUGCAUCAUUUGCUUACCAUGCCAACCUAGGAACUUGCAACAAAGGAGACAUGGAGGUGAAGGAUUCUUCCAAAGACAUUGAAGUCAUCAAAGAGGAACAAGAAGGGAGAAGUCCCAGUCAUGUUAGUAACAGAAAACAAUGGAACAUCAAGAAACUUCUGCUAAAAAACAUUACCGUUGCGCUGUUCCUCAGCAAUAUUUCACUCUGGAUCCCGCCAGCUUUUGGAUGUCGUCCGCAGUAUGACAAUGGAUUGGAAGCUAUUGUAUUUGGAUUCGUACCAUGGAUCAUUGUCAUUGAUAUUGCUCUUCCUUUCUCUAUCUUUUACAGAAUGCACUCGGCCUACUCUCUAUUUGAUGUUUAUUGCAAAAUAUAGACAAAAUAU